AUGGAUACUCUUAUUAAUAAACUCUCUGUUGAGUUCCACGAGCUUGAGCUCAACUUUGAUAAGCUCAUGGACUCGAUGAAUUCACAAUCAUCAGACACAGGCGUUAGUUCUACUGUUGUUGCCGCGCUGGAAGUGAAAAUAGACAAAGUCAAGACUAAUUUCUUCGAUGCUCAAAAGGACUUCCAAGAUUUCAAGAAUCAACUGUAUUUGCUUGACGCAAAGUUGGAUAAUCAAAACGAGAAUAUUAAAAACAUGUCGAGGCACACUCAUUCUUUACCACAAGAGCUCGUUGCCCUGGAGAACAAAAUGAAGGAGUUACAAGACGAACUUGAUAGAGCUAAAAAAGAAGGCAUAAGCAUUAAUAAUGUUCAAACAACACCAGCGCCAACUUCAAAUACACGAUAUCCAGCUGCCGAUAACUGGGGAUCGUGGCAAUCCUGUUCUGUAACAUGUGGAAGAGGGACAAAACGAAGAUACAAUAAUAAUUUAAGCUCCAGUAACAGGGUUCAGAACGUUCCCUGUGAGGAAAAACCUUGUGUUAGCUGGUCGAGUUGGUCUUCUUGUUCAAAAACAUGCGGAACAGGAGAACGACGAAGAGAAAACCUUACGAGUAUGGACAUGUUCAAUAGCGAAUCACAGAAGGAAGCCUGUAAUACACAGCCCUGUCCAGCGGAGAUUCCAUGGUCACAGUGGUCUGUUUGUACAAAAACCUGUGGUGGAGGAAGACGCACCAGGCAUAGUGGGUCAGAAGUGGAGAAUGACCGAUGUAAUACAGUGAACUGUCCGGGGUGGACUGAAUGGUCUGAGUGCUCCGCAACAUGCGAUGGUGGCACUAAAACUCGAAAUUACAUACAAUAUAAUAGCUUUAAUCAGCCGAGAUCUGUCGAUGAAGAAGAACGUGUUUGCAAUAGAGUUACUUGUCCAUGGACAGAAUGGUCAGACUGCAGCGUUACGUGCGGUGAAGGAUUUAAGUCGAGAAGAAGAGGAGACCGAGAAUAUAAAAGAAGAUGCAUAAUGUCGGCAUGUACCGAGACAACGCCGUUCUUUAAUACAACACCACCACCGAAUGGUGACGGGAUGAUGGGAGAAAUCGUAAUUAUCGGUGGAAGAAGAGGCAGAAGUGAUAAAAUUGGCCCGAAAACAGUUAAGAGUAUACAACUUUCUGAUGGAUCAGAGGAAAUUUGGAGCACCGACUUUGAGUUGGGGUGGCAUCGAUCAUGUUCAGUUAGCUUCGGCGGUAGAAUUUAUGUCAUCGGCGGAAGCUUUACUGGUCAGAACAUUUACGAAGUCUCUCACUCGAACACACGGAAGCUCAAUACAGAACUGACCUCGAAGUUUUACUAUCAUUCUUGUGCAAUAAUGAACAAUAGAGUCUGGAUUGUUGCCGGUUCAGGAGGUCAAGGAAAGAAUGCGGUUUCAUUUGAUAUCGGUUUCCGCCAAGAGAGAUUCGAACCGAUUCUACGCGACUCACAUUACGGUGGUGCAUUAGUGGCGUUGCAUGAUGAAUACUUGCUAAUCUCUGGUGGUAACUCUCCUCGAGCGAACUCAAUGGAAGCUUUAAUUGAUGGCCGUACUUCGUGGUCAUUUUCAUCUUCACUGCCAGAGAGAAUUUCUGGACAUCAAAUGAUAGCCGAUCCUGAGAGCAAUAAGAUGUUUGCCCUCGGUGGUUAUGAUGGACACAAAGAAAGAAACGAAAUUUACAUGAUCGACAUGAGCUGUGUAGUCGCCAAGCAAUGCCGCCUCAACUCUCCAGCGUGGAGCAAGGCCGGAACGUUGCACAGUCCGCGAGACAGCCAUGUUUCCGUUCUCUACCGCAAUAAAAUCUAUUCCUUUGGAGGCUUCACGAGAACAUCAUUGCCAGACGAGUUCUUUUCGUUGGAGAGUAUGAACUCAGAAAUCAUGAGCACCUCGCAUUCCCUCAAUUCGCAUACCGCGGUUUUACUGUAA